CGCUUUAGCCGUGUUACGUCACACAUUUUCGCGCCAGGAAUUAUGGGAUUGCUUUGCGGACAAACACAAAAAGUUCGUGGUGGCGUGUUUUCAGCGGGAAGUACAGUAGCGGGAAGGUUUGAAUUAUGCAUACUCAGAAUUAUCAGCUGGUAUCAUUAACAGAAGACGAUGUUCCUGGGGCAAAACUUCCAAGAGACAUUACCGAUUGUAAUGUUUUUGAAUUAAAACGUUGGUUGGAGUGCCAUGGACAGAAAAAGGGAGGAAAAAAGGCCGAUUUGCAAGAGCGUGUCAGCCAGUGCAUAGGCCUAGGCCUAAAAAUUGAUCCGAAAGUCGAUGGUGGAAAAUGGCACAGAAUUAAAGCAGAAAAACAAAGUAAAACCAUUAAUUUAUCAUCUUCAUCGCGUGAUGUUGACAAGCUAGCUAAUUUUCCAGAUACUGGUUGGAAAACAUUCCCUUCAAUGAACAUACCAGCAAUGUUUAACUAUGGACACAUUUACCAUUAUCUGGUCGAAUCUGUUGCACAGCUGUGCGCUAAUGAUGAAGAAGAGAGAGAGAUGAAUAUCGAAGAUUCAGUGACAGAGAAACCGUUAAGGAAAGGAAGAAGUCUUGUCACAAGUGGUUUUGUGGAGAAUAUUCAAGACACUACAAAUGAAAGUACAUAUUUUGUUAGAGCACACGUUCACCAUUCUAUGAAAGCUGACUUGCCUUUGAAAACAUCUGUAUCAGUAAGCAAACUCAGUGGUUUUGUGAAGUAUUGUUCUUGCAGUUGUAAAGCAAAUGAACUUGGUAGAUGUUGCCAUGUGUCUGCCCUAUUGCUGUUUAUCAGCGAUUAUCUGGGAAAGCAUGGAUAUGAUGCAGUUGCACCAUCCACUUCAAAAGAUUGCCAGUGGAACAAAGGUAAAAAGAGGGCACGGAAUCCAAAGCCUUUACCACAGACAAAGUAUACAUCAACAUCCACAAAGAGAAGUAAGACUCAAGAAAUGUAUCAAUUCGACCCACGGCCUGCAAAAUACCAUCAGCGUGUUAAUUUUGAUGGUGUAAAUAAUUUUGUUUCAGAUCUAUCCUCUUAUAACCAUUCAAAGGGUCAAACGUCCAUGUGGGAAACUGUCUUCCACUAUUCAUAUUCAGAUUUUAUGUUAGAGAAAGACGACAUUGCAGUGUAUACUACAUUAAUUGAUCAAUUCGAAAAUAAUAUCAGUUCUGCAUUAAAAGAUCUGCUAAUCAGUGUGCCAGAUCCUAAAUGCUGUCAAGUACCCGGGACUGAAAAGCAAAGACAUUCGUCAGUAUGGUUCCAGGAAAGGUGGUUUCGAAUUACAGCUUCAACUUGCAAAGAAAUUGUUAAUUUGUCUUUGUUUGAAAACAAGGAUGGCUAUAAACAAAGAUUAUUCAACUGGCUAGAAAAUAAAUUUUGGUUCAAGAAGAGUUUAACGACCCCGGACAUGCUAUAUGGCAUCGAAGAAGAACCAAAAGCAAUUGUCUUAUACGAGAAAUGUCGAAAUGCUACUGUUAACGAAAGUGGCUUGUGGGUUCAUGCAGAUUUUCCAUACUUGGGAGCUUCACCCGAUGGAUUGAUCUUUGUCGAUGGUAAACUCGAUGGGAUAGUUGAAGUGAAGUGCUUGAAAAUAUUAAAGACCAGGACAGUAAAACAAUUACUCGAUGCAGCUUCAACUGAGCUAAAGACAACAAUAAACUAGCAGUGUUUCAAAAUAAGUGACGAAAAGCUAGUUUUGCGCCCAACAUAUGCACAUUAUUAUCAAGUCCAGUUGCAGCUUCUAAUCACAAAUGCUAAUUAUUGUGAUUUUGUCCUACAUUCUGGAGUUGGCGAUCCCCACA